AUGUCUACCCGAAAAUACCGUUUAGCUGCACCGACUGACAACGAUAAGAUAGAUAUAUCACAUAGAUCCGUACCAUAUUCUUCCCCUGUCUGGCUACCGACACCAAAUAACGUUUGUACAAAGCCUGAAAAAGCACUUCUACACACCAAACCAUUUAUUCCACCUGCUCGUUGGUGGAUUGUGCUACCAUUACUGUUACUCUCUGUAUUUAUUGCCGCUGCAGAUCCAGUAAUUACGAAUGAUUUUAUCGUGCGACGUUACGAACGUCAAUAUGGACUUGAUGCAUCUCCAAAUACACAACGUCAAGUCUGUCGCCAGUCGGUGAGCACUUCUACUGCAGGAUACUACCGGCAAUAUCUCUUGUACCGUUUAGAGUUAUCACAACGUCAAUCAGAUUACGCCUUAGUACAACGUGCUGCCGCGAAACUUCAUACAAAACUCUCAGUUGCUUCCCUCAUUCCUGGUUUUCUCUCUUUCAUCUUGCUUGGAUCAAAUUGUGACACCAUUGGACGUCGACCGUUAUUGAUCCUACCACUCGUAGGCAAAGUGAUACGGCAUUCGCUAAUGCUAAUCAUUGUCUCAUGA